UGGAGAGGGCCGGAGCCCAGUCUAACCAAAAAUAGAAGCUUCAUGGACGUCCUCCAUUCGUCUUCAUUUGGCGUACGAGGUUGGUACACGCAGUACGACGCCAUUCCACCUCGAUGAUAUCUUGCUCACAUCUUGACCGCGACUGACGACAUGAGCAGCGUCUCUUUGACUAUCCCUUCACUGCCAACGCUUCAAGUCGCAAUACCAUUCCCAUACCCGUUCCCGGUCCCUCCAUCCCAUCCGCCAGGAUGUCUUCGACCAAGACUCUCCAACAGCGGAAAAUCUCGAAAGCCACCACAGCUGCCACUUCCCCAGGCUCCGAAACAGAAACUAAACACGCUGGGAAUUAUGGUGGCAACAGCGUCAAAGGCUGGGUAGGGUAUCUCCCCCAAUCAUGGGUCCCAUAUAUUCAGCUUGCCCGCCUCAGUCCCCCCGCUGGCCUCUUCCUGAUCUACUUCCCCCAUGCUUUCGGCCUCCUUUUGGCCGCGAUCAAGCAGCGUUCCGACCCAUCCGACGUCCUUUUCGCAGCGGGCAAAUUACUCGCCGGUUCCUUCUUCGUCUCAAACGCAAUUCACAUCUGGAAUGACCUGAUCGACGCACCGCUCGACGCCAAAGUCGAGCGGACACGCCAUCGUCCAAUUCCACGUGGCGCCGUCUCCCCCUCCGCCGCGCUCGUCUUCACGGCAACGCAGGCUGCCGGCGCUGCUUAUUUCCUGCCCACCAUGGAAGGUGAUACAUGGCAGAACUUUCUGUACUCGGUGCCUGGGAUAUUGGGCUGGACUUACUACCCCUAUGCGAAGCGCCAGGUGCCCGCUCCUCAAGCCGUGCUCGGAUUCUGCCUCGCAUGGGGCAACGUUAUGGGUGAGAAGACGAUGGGCGUCGAAGCCUUCACGACUGGACUUCUAGGCUCGAAUUCCGUGCCCGCGGUUCAGUAUGGGUCCGCGGCGCUGUUUGCGGCAGUACUGCUCUGGAGCAUGAUCUACGACACCGUGUACGCACACCAGGAUCUCGAGGACGAUCUCAAGAACGGCAUCUUCAGUCUGGCGGUAUUGUGCCGGGGAAAGACGAAAGUGCUGCUGUGGCUGCUGCUUGCGCUCAUGGUUGGGUCGCUUGUUGGGACCGGGAUAUGGGAAGGACUGGGAGCGGUGUAUUAUCUUGGAGCGGUAGGUGGUGCGGCGGCGAGCUUGGGAAGCAUGAUUAUCUUUGUAGAUCUAAAAGAUAGUGAGAGCUGUUGGUGGUGGUUCGGGAAUGGGUUUUGGUAUGCCGGAGGUGCAAUUGCCACGGGAUUGGCGGGUGAGUAUGCGAUGAAGGCAGGGCUAUUGGAUCUUGUCCUCGAAGGCCUACGAAUGGAAGGGAUCUAACGACGCGAAGUGAUGCGAUAUCGGACGUGGGUAUUCUCGAGGAGAGAACGGGAUCUUGGUGGGUCGUCGACAACUUACAAGGCCUGAUAUACCGAGAAUGUAAGCAGGAACAACGUCCAAUUGGAGUGAGUAGAUGUACAGCAUGUUUUGCGGACCCAUACAAUGGCAUUUCACUAUGUAGGACUCAGAAGGAGAUUGUAUGAGAUGCUACAGGGCCGGAAAGGCAACAGAGGUCAUUGGAGUGAGGGCGGGAGUGCGAAGUAGCUUCUUAGAACCUUGUAUUGGAUGGACAGUCUUGAAUUUUGGGUAAAAAUUCGACUUGACUCCAUGUAGAAGAUCCAAAGUAAAUGGAUAGCUGUGUUGUUCAGGCUGUCGAUUUACAUUCGAUCUUAUGUCGACGCCGCAGGGCCAUGUGAUAUAUGACUUCUAGAAGUUCC